AUGAAAUUUGAUAGCAUACUUUCAGAAAUUAAUGGAUUUGGAAAAUUCCAAAUCAAGCUAGUCUUGAUUCAAAUGCUCUCUCGAAUCAUUAUGCCAUGUCACUUCCUCCUGAAUAACUUCAUGGCAGCUGUUCCCUCUCACCACUGUAACGUCAAUGCUUCGUAUGAUGGAGGCAUCUUUGGGAAUUUAACUCUGGAACAGAAACUUGCUGUUGGCAUUCCAGCAGAGCAGGAUGGGACUCUGAGCUCCUGUCAGAUGUUUUCAAAGCCCCAGUAUCAACUUCUGUCAGGCUCAAACAGUAGCGAGGAUGCAUUUACUGUUCAGUGUCAGAAUGGAUGGGUGUAUGACAACAGCACAUUUAAAUCUACUUUGGCAACAGAGUGGGAUCUUGUAUGCAGCAAAAAACGAAUGAACAAAGUAACAGCCACCAUCUUCUUCAGUGGUGUUAUGUUUGGAGCCCCGUUAUUUGGGUUUCUCAGUGACAGGUUUGGCCGACGGCCGUUGCUGUUGGUGUCUUAUUUGUCAUCCAUGACGUUUGCAGUCCUGAGUGCAUUCUCCACCUCGUAUAUAAUGUUUGUCAUCAUGAGAUUUUUUACAGGGAUGUCACUCGCAGGAAUAAGUAUCAUUUCUGUUGUUCUAAAUGUUGAAUGGUUCAGCAUUGAACACAGGACCUUUUCGGGUGUAAUCAUAAGCCUGGAUUGGACACUUGGAAACUGCAUUCUGGCUGGAAUUGCAUACUAUGUCAAUGAAUGGAGGAUGCUCAUUCUGGUCGUGACCUCACCCCUGAUUCUGGCCGUAAUUGCUUGGAGGUGGCUUCCAGAGUCUGCAAGGUGGCUAUUGGCUAAGGGGAAGGCAGACGCUGCUCAUCAUUACAUAAUGAAAUGUGCCGAGAUGAACAACAGAACCAAUUGUAUGGCUACCGUCACACCACAGGCAUUACUGGAAUCUGCACAAGCUGAAAGUAGAGAUGACAAGUACACUUUCGUAAAUCUUUUCAAGACCCCAAAUAUUAGGAGGCUUUCUAUAUGCUCUGGUAUAGUAUGGUAUGGAGUUGCAUUUACAUAUUAUGGGAUAAGUCUGAAUAUCUCUGGGUUUGGAUUAAACCCAUACCUCACACAAUUAAUAUUUGCAUCCAUCGAAAUGCCAAUGAAGAUUGGUGUGUAUGUCUUCCUGGAGAAAGUUGGUAGAAGGCCUGGUGAGAUGGGAGCCCUGCUGAUAACUGGUUUCUGUCUCUUCAUCAACGUGUUUGUUCCAAAAGAUAAGUGGGUCUUUCGUACUGUUGUGGCAGUCCUUGGAAAAGCCCUGUCAGAAGCCUCAUUCACGAUCAUGUACCUCUUCACAACUGAACUCUAUCCUACAGUUGUACGACAAAAUGGUUUAGGUUACACCUCGUUUCUGGCAAGGCUGGGCGUGUCCAUAUCUCCGCUCAUCAUGCUGUUGGAGGACGUGUGGCACCUCCUCCCUGCGGUCACUUACUGUGCGGUGGCAGUUGGGUCUGGUUUAGUUGCGUCACUCCUGCCUGAAACAUUAAACACCCUAUUGCCAGAGUUCAUUGAGGAUAUUGAGAAACCAAGGAUACAAUCAACACGGAGGAAGGAGAUUCAAUAAAAAUAACACUUAUUGAUUAGCCUGUCUACAGUAUAUCUGUUAUUGACUAAGUUUUAAGAAUUGAAGAUGAGUUGAUUUUAACAUUUAAACAUGGUUAAAAUCCCAAUAAAUUACUGAACCAACAGAAGACAGGAGAAGAAACCCAAGAGAAGUAUAAAGCUGGGCAUACACUAUGAUUUGUUGCCAACGCAUUUUAGAGUCGGGUCGAAUUUAACGUUCGUGCAGUGCACAGAGGGGAGCGAGGGCUGAUCCAAUGUUGAAUAGUAAAAGUGCAUCGGUCCUCCAGAAAAAAAGGCACUAAUUGUUGGAAAUUGACUCGUGGCUCUGCUUCAACCAUGCAACACAACAGCCUGACAACAGCCAAACAGAAAUUCUGACACAUUACAAACUAAUCCAAAUGUCCAACGGCUGUUUGGGAGCCGUUGAUCGGUCCUCGCUCCCCCUGUAUAGCUACUGCACGGCAAAUGACACCCAACAAAGUAAAUUCGGUCUGACUCAAAUAUGAGUCGAGCGGCUCAAAAACUGGGUCACAAACAGGCUCGUCAUACAGAGUAUACUAUGCCAUUCAACAACAUUUGUAAAACUGUACAUUGUAUGUCCAUCUUAACCGUAU